AUGGCAAAGGCUGCCCUCAAAUCGGGACAGCACUUGGCUGAACUGAAGGAGUCAAUGCACCUGCAACGGCGCGGCGGGAGCAGAAACAGCCGAGGGCGCCCUUGGAACGAGAGCACUUGGGCCCGGGAGAAUGGCGUCGAAAAGCCAGACCCCAAAGUGGGGACGAGAACCGCCGCGGUGCCUGCCAAGACCCUCGGAAACGUCCUGCCCGACUCGCCCGUGAGAGCGCCCCUAACCGGCAGACGCACCUUCCGGGGAGGCGCAGGCGUGGCGAGGCAGGAACCGGAAGUUCCCCGGAGGCCCAGCCUUCCCGCCAAACCCGCCGGCCGGAACUGCCAGGUGGUCCCGCCCCCGGGCGGAACUCCGGGUUGCCAGGCAACCGCUGUGGGCGCCGCUGGCUGGCUCCAGGUUCCCUGGAACCAGCCGGGUGUAGCUCUCACCACCUGUCCCGUCAACCUCCCUUCCCGCCCGCCUUCCUUCUUGCGGCCCCCUGCGUCGGGGAAUCCCUGCCCUUGGCACCACGUACACCUCUCCAGCUCCCAAGACCGCUUAGCGCCCCCCUGCUUGAAAGCCAGUGUCCACGCGAAGCGACCUGGCCCCGGGCUUGGGGCCACACUGACGACCAUGGGCACCUACACCUACACCUACACCAGCCGGCCCCGGGCCCUACCCUGCCAGCGCCGCCGUUACCGGGACAACCUGAUGCAGCUCCCCGAGGAACCUGUGCAUUAUGGAAACAUCAUGUACGACAGAAGGGUGGUCCGGGGCAAUACUUACGCUCUGCAGACAAGCGUGCUGCCUGGGCAGCCUGAUCCAAUAGAGAUUCAGAGACAACAGCAGGCGAAGCGGAGGGCUCUGGCCAAAAAACGAGCCCAAGAACAGCUCAGACCACGAACACCCGAGCCUGUGGAAGGCAGAAAACACGUGGAUGUGCAGACAGAAAUAUACCUUGAAGAAAUUGCUGACCGCAUAAUAGAAGUCGAUAUGGAAUGCCAAACAGAUGCAUUUUUGGACAGACCAUCAACACCACUCUUUAUUCCUGCCAAAACUGGCAAAGAUGUGGCCACCCAAAUACUAGAAGGAGAGCUCUUUGACUUUGAUCUUGAAGUUAAACCAAUGUUAGAAGUUCUGGUGGGAAAGACCAUUGAGCAGUCCCUUUUGGAAGUCAUGGAGGAAGAAGAGUUGGCUAACCUGCGGGCCAGUCAGUGUGCAUAUGAAGAGUUACGCAACGUUGAACUUGCUGAAGUUCAGCGACUUGAAGAGCAAGAGAGACGACACAGAGAAGAAAAAGAGCGCCGGAAGCAGCAGCAGUGGGAGGUGGUGUGCCAGCACACCGAGACAGCUCAGAAAGUGGCGGCGCGCGCGUUCGCACAGCGGUACCUGUCCGACCUCCUCCCCUCGGUGUUCAGCAGCCUCCGUGACAGCGGCUACUUCUACGACCCCGUUGAAAGAGAUAUUGAAAUAGGAUUCCUUCCAUGGCUAAUGCAUGAAGUUGACAAAACCAUGGAAUACAGUAUGGUGGGAAGAACAGUGCUUGACAUGUUGAUUCGUGAGGUGGUUGAGAAGAGACUGGCCAUGUACGAGCAGAAGGAGAACCAGCCCCCCACCAGGAAGCCUGAGGACGAGCUCGGGGGGUCCGGGGGGGUCACAGAACCGCCGGCGGGCUAUGAACAAAGCCCAGCACAGCCACAGGGGCCACUUGUGGACAGAGACCCCCUUGAACGAAGACCAGAUGAUGGAAGGUAUACAGAGAACGUGGUAUCCCAAGAAAGGAAGCUUCUGGAAGAAGAGGAGUAUGAGCAAGCAAGAAUAAGGAGCACCUCGGGGAGAGAAGUGCUGCAACCAAGGGAGGACCUCGAGCCAUGAAACCAAUGGCCAGCCAGCACUGCGAGCAGUCACGUGCUGGUGCACAGGCCCCUCAGGUUACGGAAAUUAUGUGGCAUUUACUCAACGUGUCUUUUUGUCUAAUGGACUGGGCAAAUCAAAUAUGUUGAAAUAAUAAAACUAAUUUAAAAUGAAA